AUGGAUAAGUUCAAUUCUUCCAUCGUGUCUGAGUUUGUAUUGCUGGGGCUCUCCAGUUCACAAGAACUUCAACUUUUCUUUUUCUUUUUCUUCUCUGUGUUGUAUGUGAUCAUUGUUCUGGGCAACAUCCUCAUUAUACUCACUGUAACUUCUGAUGCCAGCCUGCACUCGCCCAUGUAUUUCCUCCUGGGAAACCUUUCUUUUGUUGACAUCUGUCAGGCUUCCUUUGCUACCCCAAAAAUGAUUGCAGAUUUUCUAAUUGAACACAAGACCAUCUCCUUCAGUGGCUGUAUAGCCCAGAUUUUCUUUAUCCACCUUUUCACUGGAGGAGAGAUGGUGCUUCUUGUCUCCAUGGCCUAUGACAGAUAUGUAGCGAUAUGCAAGCCCUUACACUAUGUGAUCAUCAUGAACCGGAGAACGUGUGCCAUUUUGGUGAUGAUCUCCUGGACUGUGGGCUUGGUGCACACGUUAAGCCAGUUAUCAUUUACUGUCAACCUUCCUUUUUGUGGACCCAAUGUUGUAGACAGCUUUUUCUGUGACCUUCCUCGAGUGACUAAACUUGCCUGCCUGGAUUCUUACAUCAUUGAAAUACUAAUUGUGGCCAACAGUGGAAUUCUUUCCCUAAGCACCUUUUCUCUCUUGUUCAGCUCUUACAUUGUUAUUCUUGUCACUGUCUGGUUUAAGUCUUCUGCUGCAAUGGCUAAGGCAUUGUCCACACUGGCUGCCCAUAUCAUGGUGGUGAUACUAUUUUUUGGCCCUUGCAUCUUCAUCUAUGUAUGGCCCUUCACUACCUACCCUGUGGAUAAAGUGCUUGCCAUAUUUUAUACAAUUUUUACCCCCAUCUUGAACCCAAUUAUUUACACACUGAGGAACAGGGAUAUGAAAACUGCCAUGAGGAAGAUUCUAAUUCAUUAUUUGAAGUCUAAGAAAAUAUCUGAAAUGCCACUAGUACCAAGGAAUCCUCUACAUUAA